GUUACUGACGCCAAGCGUCAAGAGCCCUUCUCUGUCUUUCUUACUCCGAGACCAUGGCGGUCAACGUCCCUGGCCUGGUGGCCAUUGUGUUUUUCUACCUGGUCAUCCUUGUCGUAGGCAUCUGGGCAGGACGCAAGGGCGGCGGCCAGGAAAAGGACUCGCAGAAUGUCACCAUUGGCGACCAGUCUAAUAUCAUGCUCGCCGGAAGAAACAUCGGCCUCUUUGUCGGCGUCUUCACAAUGACAGCCACCUGGGUAGGCGGAGGGUACAUCAAUGGCACCGCCGAGCUAGUCUACGUGAGCGGCCUCGCCUGGUGCCAGGCUCCCUUCGGCUACGCCAUCAGCCUUGCCAUCGGUGGCAACCUCUUUGCGGUGAAGAUGCGUAACGCCGGCUACAAGACGAUGCUGGACCCUUUCCAGAAGCAUUUCGGAACCCGCAUGGGUGGCCUGCUCUUCCUGCCGGCGCUCUGUGGCGAGGUGUUCUGGUCAGCCGCCAUCUUAGCCGCCUUGGGUGCGACGGUGGAGGUGAUUAUGGAAUUCGAACGAACGGAGUCGGUGAUCGCUUCAGCCUGCAUCGCACUCUUCUACACGUUCACUGGCGGCCUCUACUCCGUGGCCUACACGGACGUCGUCCAGCUGAUUGCCAUAUUUCUUGGACUGUGGCUGUGCCUUCCCUUUGCCAUGUUUCACGAAGCCGUGGGCGUGAUAUCGUACCCCAGGAAUGACUACAUCGGCACCGUUGAGUGGAAAGACUUCGGCAUCUACUGGGAUUCCAUGCUACUGCUCAUGAUGGGGGGCAUACCAUGGCAGGUGUACUUCCAGCGGGUGCUGUCUAGCCGCACCGCCGAAGGGGCUGAGCUUCUUUCGUACAUGGCGUCGCUGGGUUGCCUCUUCAUGGCCAUUCCACCAGUGGUCAUCGGUGCCGUGGCUAAGGCCGCCAGUAAGUGGACAACGGCAGGCUACACAAAGCCUGUGCCGCUCGUGGGAGACGCGAGCUCGCUGACGCUGCCGCUGGUGCUUCAGUAUCUCACGCCGGGCUUCGUGUCUGCCAUGGGGCUGGGCGCCGUCUCGGCGGCGGUCAUGUCCUCGUCGGACUCGUCUAUCCUCAGUGCGGCAUCCAUGUUUGCCUGGAACAUCUACAGGCUCACCUUGAGACAGCAGGCUUCGGACACCGAGGUGAUUUGGGUGAUGCGCUUAUCCAUCGUGGCGGUGGGCGCACUAGCAACCGUCAUUGCGCUCACGGCGAAUUCCGUGUACGCACUGUGGUACCUGUCCUCGGAUCUCGUCUACGUCAUCCUCUUCCCGCAGCUGGUGUCCGUCGUCUACUUGAAGGACUACGUGAACACGUAUGGCUCGCUGGCCGCCUACAUGGUGGGCGCCUUCUUUCGCGCGGCUGGUGGCGAGUCCCUGCUGGGAAUACCGGCCUUAAUCUACUACCCGUACUACGACGAGGAGAAGAAGGUACAGCGCUUCCCGUUCCGCACCUUCUCAAUGUGCAUGUGCUUCAUCACACUGAUCUCCGUCUCGCUGUUGGCCAGCUGCCUCUUCAAUAACGUCCUGCCGCCCUCCGCGGACAUCUUCCGGUGA